CAUCGAUUGUGUCAGCGGUCUACUGGAAACUCAGUAUUAGGGAUUGGUGGGUGGAGUUUACUUGUAAAUUAAGUCUAACCACUUUCAUUGAAUAAGAAAUCCAUAUUCUUCAAAACUUUGUGUCACUGAAAAUUUGUUAAUAUCAGAACGAGGAUUAGUAAGUUAAAAGGACUAAAAAAUGAAAAUUUCUUUUAGUAAUACUAAUUGUCUCAUAAUUCUUCCCUUCCCGUCCCUCCCGUCCCUUUCUUCGGCGUUUUGUAACAUUGUUGUUUGUACAGCCGGCUGACAGCUCUAAAUGGCCGCCAAAGACCUUCUGCAAGUGUUGCUGCAAGUCAGCGAAAAAUCGGCCCAAAUUGCACGAGCAUGGCGCUGUCAGGAGGAACUGUUCGAGUUGAUGGUCGAAGAGAAAACAGAGAAAGAGAAGAACCAGCGAUUUGUACACGAUUUUAAGACGCUGGCCGAUGUUCUUGUUCAAGAAGUCGUGAAACAUUAUGUCACCCAGAAGUUUCCUGAGUUCAGUGGUUAUAUUUUCGGCGAAGAAUCAAACAUAUUUACCAACAGCUUUGGCCAGGAAAUUAGAAUAGAAGUUCAAGAAGACCCUUCUGAGACGUCCAAACAUUUGGCGACGGUUCUUUGUGGAAACGAAAGUGCUGCCCGUCUGCUGGCAGAUCUUAUUCACGCUGACACUGUCUUGGAGAAAGAAGAAACACGAGCUUUGAAUGAUCAGUUAGAUUUUGAGCUACCAUUGAAUGAGUUAGCCAUUUGGAUUGAUCCAAUUGAUUCUACAACAGAAUACAUUUCAAAUUCUCCUGGAGAGGAAAUUGACAGCAUUGUAGUUUCAGGAUUGCCCUGUGCAACUGUCCUUAUUGGUGUAUUUCAUCGUGAAAGUGGUCUGCCUGUGGCUGGAGUUAUCAAUCAGCCUUUUUCAAGUCUGAUCCAAGACAGCUCAAGUAGUAAUCAGUGGAAUGGAAGAAGGCUAUGGGGAGUUACACAUGCUGAGCAUUUCUGUUAUUUCCUUGGAAAAGAGAGAAGGACUGCAAGUGAAGCUAAAAGAGACACCACGUCUCGUAAUUUUAAGAUCGCUAUCAGUGGAAGUGAAAGUGAAAACUUGAAAAAGACUCUGUUGUCUGCCGGUGCUAAGUUAUUUCCAAUUUCUGGUGUUGGCCACAAACUUCUUCACGUAAUUGAUGGCAAUGUAGAUUUCUAUGUUCUUUCCCAUGCCUCCUCCUUUAAGUGGGAUACUUGUGCAGCACAUGCAAUACUUUGUUCCAUGGGGGGAGGGGUGGUGACCUUCAAUGGGGCCAUGUCAUUGAAAUUAACAACAAAAGAACUUGAUAAAGUGAAUCUUGAAAAAUGCAAAAUAAAAUAUCACAAGCCAGAUGACGACAUUGGGAAGAAAUGGAGCAACAUCAAUGGAGUGAUUGCUUUUAAAUCGUAUCAAAGAGUUUUUCAACUCUUGGAAUCUUUACACUGAUCAAUACAGUGACAAACAGAAUUGAAAAGUUGGUUAUAUGUAAU